UUUCCGCGAAAAAAUGGGAAGUGGCAAAUUAGGGCAGAAUAUUCAAACAACAAAGUCGUAUAAACAAGAAAAACCGCGUUUAUAAAACGCAGAUAUUUAUUUUCCAAACACUUCCCGGAUCGUCCACAAACUUUCCAUUUUCCUCUAUCUCCUCUCGUCGGGGAGAGAACUAAAGAACAAAAAGAUUACACAAACAAAACUGCAACUGAACCGUAACCCCGGGAAUCUCCUAUUCUCUCUGAUGGCUUUUCCAGAGAACGCUCGCCAAUCGCUCAUCCCGAGCUUCCUCUAUUCGUCUACGUCCGGAUCGAAGAGAAUCUCCGGUUUGGAAUCCUUUGCGAAUGCGAGUCAUGGAUCACAUCAACCGCCGUUUUUGUCAUUGCCGUCAAGGGGCGGUGGUGUUGGUGCGGCCGGUAACUUCGUUAUUCCGGCACCAAAUGAGAAAAUCGAGAUGUACUCUCCUAGUUACUAUGCCGCGUGUACUGUCGGAGGGAUCUUGAGCUGUGGCAUCACUCACACGGCCCUCACCCCUCUCGAUCUCGUCAAGUGUAAUAUGCAGAUUGACCCAGCAAAGUACAAGAGCAUCACAUCAGGAUUUGGAGUUUUGCUCAAGGAGCAGGGAGUUAAAGGCUUCUUUAGGGGUUGGGUGCCCACAUUGCUUGGUUACAGUGCUCAGGGUGCCUGUAAAUUGGGAUUCUAUGAGUUCUUCAAGAAGUACUACUCAGACAUUGCUGGGCCGGAGUAUGCUGCCAAGUACAAGACACUGAUUUAUCUUGCGGGUUCAGCAUCUGCUGAACUGAUUGCUGAUAUUGCCCUUUGUCCGAUGGAGGCAGUCAAGGUUCGUGUCCAAACUCAGCCUGGUUUUGCCCGCGGUUUGAGGGAUGGCUUGCCUAAGUUUGUCAAGUCUGAAGGUGGUGCUCUUGGGUUGUAUAAGGGGCUUGUUCCUCUUUGGGGCCGUCAAAUUCCAUACACAAUGAUGAAGUUUGCAUCUUUUGAGACUAUUGUGGAGAAUGUAUACAAGUAUGCUAUCCCAACCCCAAAAGAUCAGUGCAAUAAGAGUCUGCAGCUUGGAGUGAGUUUUGCAAGUGGAUAUGUUGCUGGAGUUCUGUGUGCUAUUGUCUCACACCCUGCUGAUAAUCUUGUGUCUUUCCUCAACAAUGCCAAGGGGGCAACUGUUGGUGAUGCUGUGAAGAAGCUUGGAUUGUUGGGUCUUUUUACCCGUGGUCUUCCUCUUCGUAUUGUUAUGAUUGGAACCCUUACUGGAGCCCAAUGGGGUAUCUAUGACUCCUUCAAAGUGUUUGUUGGGCUGCCAACCACCGGUGGUGUCACUCCGGCUCUUGCUGUUGCGAAGGCAUAAGCCUAGAAAUGGGCGAAUAUGAACAGGACAUUACUCCUCUGCAAACUCCAACUCUUUUGAUAGAAUAAUAACUGCAGGCUACAUGGACGGAGCCACGUGGCCCAAGGAGGGCAAGUGCCCCCUGGAUUUUUGCAAAAAAACUACUAGAUAUACAUAUUGUUAUACAAUAUGCACUCAAAGAGAUGGCUGGCUUGAUGGUUGUCGCCAUUGUUUGUUCACCUUGCCACCCAAGGGUCCAUUCUCAUGGGCAACAUGCUCCUCUAAUUUUUAUUAUUUUGGCCAAAAACUAAGCAUUCAUUUGUUGUUUUUCUUGUCUUUUGUUUUUGCCCUUUUAUUUUUUAAAAUAUUAAAUCCGUUUCUGUUUA